AUGGAGACGGGAAGAGCCAGAGACCGACUGUCUGCAGAGUCCGGGUCCUACGCAUUCCGGGGCGCGACGUGGACGCCAACCUCGCAUCUGGCCGGGAUCCGCAGCCCCAGCGAGUCCACCUGGCUGUCCUCCUUAACCCACUCCGAGGCCUUUCACUACGGCUUCGGGGGCCGGGCCCGCCGCGUGGGGCCCCUCACGCUCCAGCCGCUCCCCGAGCCGCAGCUGCUGAGUCUGCGCCCCACCUCGCUGCGCAGCCAAGACAUCUCGCACUUGCUCACCGGCCUCUUCCGCAACUUGUACACUAACGAGGUGAUCGGCGAGGACCUGAGCGCGAGCUUGAUCAAGGCCCGCGGCAGCGAGGAUGCGCGCCACGAGGAGUUCGUGGACGAGCUGCAGCGGAUUCGGAAGGUCUAUAAGCAGCGGCUGGAUGAAAUUGAAAUGUUGGAGAGACAUAUCAUUCAGGCCCGUGCACGAGCCCUUGCAGAGAAAGAACGGAUCAUGCAACUGGCCGAAGUGCAUGUCCUUGAUACCUUCCUCAGGAUGCCUCCAGUGAAGACUAUGUUCAGAUGGUGUGUGGACAGUGAGUUGCUACAGAAACACCAUUUGAUCUGCCCAGAUGAUUACUACAGUGACAUGGUGCCAUUUUGCUCUGCACCUAAAGGUGUCUCCGUCCCUGGAUGUUCAAAACUCACAUUCAGUUGUGAGAAGUGUUCCGUCCCCAAGAAGCACCUGACCAAGAAGGUUGAGGCUUCCUGCAAGAAGACGCUCACUAAGUCUCAAGACGAGUUAGACUACACUGUGGACAGCCUGACGGGGGACUUGUGUUCAAAGGCCAAGCGCAAGGCCGUCAAGAAGGCAGGUCCACCCAAGAAUAAAAAGUGGAUGAACCACUUACACGUGCCCCAGAGAGAACUGGAGCGACUUCUGCUUGCCAGAAUGGAGAGUCGGAACCACUUCCUAAAAAACCCUCGGUUUUUCCCUCCUAACACUCCCUAUGGAGGCAAGUCUCUUCUCUUUCCUCCGAAGAAGCCAGUACUGACAGGAGAUUUCCAAGGUGGAGAUCUGGAGCAGAGUUGUGCUGAUACUCCAGUGUUUCUAGCUAAACCAUCAAUCGGAUUUUUCACAGAUUAUGAAAUUGGGCCAGUUUAUGAGAUGGUGAUCUCCCUGCAGAACAUCACGGCAACCGGCCGCUACCUGCGAGUCCUCCCGCCUUCUACACCACACUUCGCUCUGGGAUUGGGGAUGUUCCCAGGAAAAGGCGGAAUGGUGGCUCCUGGAAUGACCUGCCAGUACAUCGUCCAGUUUUUUCCCGACUGUCUUGGGGAUUUUGAUGAUUUUAUCUUAGUCGAGACCCAGUCAGCCCACACACUCCUAAUCCCCUUGCAGGCCCGGAGGCCGCCCCCAGUGCUGACAUUAUCACCAGUGUUGGACUGCGGUUACUGCCUCAUUGGGGGAAUGAAGGUAACCAGAUUCAUCUGCAAAAACGUGGGCUUCAGCGUUGGCAAGUUCUGCAUUAUGCCUAAGAAGAGCUGGCCGCCACCAAGUUUCAGGGCUGUUGCAACCAUUGGCUUCAUUGAGCAACGUCCUUUUGGAAUCCUGCCUUCGGCGUUUGAGCUGGCUCCGGGGCAGGCCAUAGGUAUGGAGGUCUUGUUCCUCCCGACGAGCCUAGAAAAGGCAGAGCAGACCUUCAUCAUUGUAUGUGACAACUGCCAGAUAAAGGAGCUGGUGACCGUAGGAAUCGGGCAGCUGGUUGCUUUGGAUCUGAUCUAUAUUUCUGGCGAAGAAAGUCAGCCAGAGCCUGGAGAGCUUACAGACUUAACAGCCCAACACUUCAUACGCUUUGAGCCUGAGAACCUUCAGUCCACAGCUAGAAAGCAGCUGAUUAUUAGAAAUGCUACGCACGUGGAGCUGGCCUUCCACUGGCAGAUCAUGAAGCCCAACCUGCAGCCCCUAAUGCCUGGAGAAACCUACAGCCUGGACAGCCUCAAGUACCACCCCGACAGGGAGACGGCCUUCUCCAUCCUGCCUGAAAGGGGGGUUCUCAGCCCCCACACAGACCAUGAGUUCAUCCUGAGCUUUUCUCCUCAUGAGCCCAGGGAUUUUCACAGUGUGCUCCAGAUGGUGCUAGAGGACGUCCCAGAGCCCAUGAACUUGGAACAGGAAAACCUGAAGGAUUCUUCCUACUCUGUGGAUGACGUGAUUGUCCUGGACAUCGAGGUGAAAGGCUCAGUGGAACCUUUCCAGGUUCUCUUAGAACCGUAUGCCCUCAUCAUCCCUGGGGAGAACUACAUUGGCAUAAAUGUGAAGAAAAAUUUUAAGAUGUGGAACAACAGCAAAUCCCCCAUCAGAUACUUGUGGGGGAAGAUCAGUGACUGCCACAUCAUUGAAGUGGAACCUUGCAUGGGGACCGUAGAGCCCAAUGAGGUGGAGGAUUUUGAGUUGAGCUUUACCGGGGGUGUUCCUGGCCCAACAAGCCAGGACCUGCUGUGUGAAAUCCAAAACUCACCCUCGCCAGUGGUAUUACACAUUGAGGCGGCCUUUAAGGGGCCCGCCCUUGUCAUCAACGUCUCAGCCCUUCAGUUUGGUUUGCUGCGCCUGGGGCAGAAAGCCACAGACUCCAUCCAGAUCCAGAACGUCAGCCCACUCCCGGCCACGUGGUGCAUGAAGGAGAGCCUGGUCUGCCUCCAAGAGAGGCGUGAGGGCGUGUCUCCCUUCGACAUUGAGCCCUCAAGCGGGCAGAUUCACCCUCUGGGGGAGUGCAGAGUGAACAUCACCUUGGAGGCCAAGCAGUGUCAGCGACUGCAGACCAUCCUGGAGCUGGAGGUGGUAAACGGGGCCUGGAGCUACCUUCCUGUGUAUGCCGAGGUACAGGAGCCCCAUGUGUACCUGCAAAGCAGCCACGUGGAAGUCACGAACCUCUAUGUGGGUGUGCCCACCAAGGUGACAGUUACACUCAUCAAUGGCACACUCCUGCCUACCCGAUUCCACUGGGGCAAGCUGCUGGGGCACCAAGCAAGCAUCUGCACGGCAAAGGCCUCCCCCAGACGCGGCAUGCUGGGCCCCAGUGAGGAGUGCCACAUCAGCCUGGAGCUGGCUACUCACACCCAGGACGAGCUGAGCGAUCUGGCCCUCCCUUGUACCGUGUCAGGCAUGAAGGAGCCACUGGUUCUGGGCAUUUCUGGGAAACCCCAGGGACUGCAAGUGGCUAUUGCCAUCUCUAUGGAGGGCUCUGACAGCAGCCCCGACAUGCCCCCUGCCCUGCUGAAGACAUCGCGGAUUCGAGAACACUUGGCCAGGCGAGAGCAGCUGAAUUUUAUGGAAAGCAUGUUGUCUCAUGGCAAAGGAGCCGCCUUCUUUCCCCACAUUUCCCAGGGCAUGCUGGGGGCCCACCAGCAGCUAAGCAUCGACAUCACAGGCUACGCAAACAUGUGGGGCGAGUACUGGGACAACCUCAUCUGCACGGUGGGAGACCUGCCACCAGCAGUCAUCCCGGUGCAUAUGGCAGUGGUGGGCUGCCCCAUCAGCUCCCGGAGGACCACCUAUUAUACCACUGACCCGCUGCAGAAGGAACCUGUCAUCAGGUUCGGCACCCAGGUCUCUGGAGGAGACACGGUCACCCGGGUCCUUCGCUUGAAUAACUCCAGCCCUUGUGACAUCCGCCUGGACUGGGAGACCUACACUCCAGAAGACAGGGAGGACCGACUGGUGGAGCUGCUGGUGUAUUAUGGGCCACCUUUCCCGCUGCGGGACCAAGCUGGGAAUGACCUCUUGUGCCCGGAGACCCCUGAGAGCAGCAGCUCCUUCUGGUCCCCAAGCCCCUUCAGCGCGUCGGACUUCAGCCACGAAGCUGCCCAGGCUGCCAAGGACCGCUGCAGUGUCAGCGACAGGGCCCGGCAGAAGCUCAUCUCCGUCGUUCUGCAGGAGCAUGACGGGCUGCCCGCCGACCACCUGUACAGCAUCAGCCCCAAGCAGGUGGUGGUCCCUGCAGGGGGCAGCAGCACCAUCUCCAUCUCCUUCUCACCUACGGGCCUCGGCACCAGCAUCCCGCACAAGGUGGCGUGCGUUGGCUACGCCCUGGGUUUCAUGAGCUUGGACGAUGAGGUGGAAAGAGAGCUUCCGGGGAGGAGGCGUCGCCUGCAGGACUUUGCCGCGGGACCCCUGCGACUGGACCUGUGCAGCUACGUGCGGCCCGCACAGCUCAGCGUGGAGCUGGACUACGGUGGUGGCGUGGAGUUCCGGCACCAGGCCAGCGACCUCAUCCCGGAGCAGCCCUGUACUGGGGUACUGAGUGAGCUGCUGACCACCCACCACCUGAAGCUGAGCAACACCACCGAAAUCCCACAGUACUUCCGGCUCCUGGUCUCCAGGCCCUUCUCGGUUUCUCAAGAAGGGGCCAGCCGUAGCCGUAGAGCUCCUGGCCGGGAACAGGGGUGUGAGGAAGAGCAGGCCACCGGUGGCAAGCAGCUGGUGCUCCACCCUCAGGAGAACAUGCUGGUGAACGUGUCCUUCUCGCUGUCCCUGGAGCUGCUCUCCUAUCAGAGGCUCCCGGCUGACCAGAUGCUGCCCGGAGUGGACAUCCGGCAGCGCGCCAGUGGGGAGAAAGAGAUGGUGUUUACUCAGAACCUGCUCCUGGAGUACGCCAACCAGACCACUCAGGUGGUGCCCCUGAGGGCCACGGUGGCCGUGCCCGAGCUGCAGCUCUCCACCAGCUGGGUGGACUUCGGGACCUGCUUUGUGAACCAGGGACAGGUCCGGGAGGUCUACCUCAUGAACCUGAGCGGCUGUCGGAGUUACUGGGCUGUGCUGAUGGGCCAGCAGGAGCCGGACAAGGACCCUGCGGCCUUCAGGGUGUCUCCAAAUAGUGGGCUGCUGGAGGCACGACUGGUCAAUGCUCCCCCAAAUACCAUCACCCUCCAGGUUUUCUUCACUGCCAGGAGCAGUGAGCUGUAUGAGUCCACGCUGGUGGUGGAAGGCGUGCUUGGUGAGAAGACCUGCACCCUACGGCUCCGGGGCCAAGGCUCUUAUGACGAGAAAUAUGUGUCACCCCACCAGCUCUGA